AUGGCGGCUCCGUGCUCCCUCCCCGGCCCCGCCCAGCCCCUCCCACCCGUCCGCAGCGCCCCCCCGCGGCCUCCGCCGGCAUCGCGGCCGGGCCCGGCACCUCCCUUUCCCGCUCCCCGCCCCGCCCCGGGCCCGCCCCAUGGGCGUCCCCUAGCGGCCUAUGUCGGCCCCGCCCACCCGUCAUCCGGGCCCCGGCCCUCCCUCAGCCCCCGCAGCGCCCCCCGCGGCCUCUGCCGGCAUCGCGGCCGGGCCCGGCACCUCCCUUCCCCGCCCCUCCUCCCACCCCCAUGGGCGUCCCCUAGCGGCCCAUCGGCCAAUGUUGGCCCCGCUCCUCCCACCCUCCCGCAGCGCCCCCCCGCGGCCGGGCCCGGCGCCUCCUCCCACCCUCCCUCCCUCCCGCGCGACUUCCCGUCCCGCCCGCCCCCGCGCGUCCCCGGCCUGCACCGCCUCCGUCCCGCCCCGCCCCGCCCGUCCGCCCUCUCCGGGGGCCGGGCGCCCCCUAGCGGCCCCCGGCCCCGCCCCGCCCACCCGUCAAUCCGGGCCCCGGCCGCCGCAGCGCCCCCACGCGGCCUCCGCCGGCACCGCCUUCCUCCCGCCCACGCGACUUCCCGCCCCGCCCUCCCGGGGGCCGGGCGCCCCCUAGCGGCCUCUGCCGGCCCCGCCCCGCCCGUCAAUCCGGGCGGGCCCCGCCCCCCCCCGCAGCGCCCCCGCGCGGCCCCGGUCGGCCCCGCCUCCGUCCCGCCCCGCCCCGCCCCGCCCCCUUGCGGCCCCGCGCCCCCCCCGCGGCCCCGGUCGGCACCGCCUCCCUCCUCCUCCUCCGCCGCCCACGGGACUUCCCGUCCCGCCCCGCCCUCCCUCCCCUCCGGUGCCCGGUGCCCGGGUGUCCCCCAGCGGCCCAUGGCGGCUCCGCGCUGCUGCCGGCCGGACCCGGGCCCGGACCCGGACCCGUCGGUCCGCCCGCCCCGGUCCCGGUCCCGGUCCCGGUCCCGGUCCCCGCCGCCGCCUUCCCCGGGGGACGUGGCGUCGGCGUGCAGCUGGCGGCAGUUCCGCCUGCGGCACCUGCAGCUGGGGCUGGAGCUGCGCCCCGGGCGGCGGGAGCUGGCGGGCUGCCUGGUGCUGCACCUGCGGGCCCUGCGGCCCGCGCCCCGGGCGCUGGUGCUGGACGCGCACCCGGCCCUCACGCUGCUGUCGGCCGCCUACCGGGCCCCCGACGGGCCGGGGCCGGGGCCCUGGCCCUGCCCGGUCCGGUUCCCGGCCGGGGGUCCGGCCCCGGCGCCGUCGGGCCUCCCGCUGGCCUUCCGCCUGGACCCGUUCGCCGACUACGGCUCGUCCCUCACCAUCGCCCUGCCCGACGCCCUGGGGCCCGACCAGCCCUUCCAGAUCGUCCUCACCUACACCGCCGCGGACGCCCCGGCCAUCUGGUGGCUGGAUCCCGAGCUGACCUAUGGCAACACGAAGCCGUUCGUCUUCACCCAGGGCCACUCGGUGUGUAACCGCUCCUUCUUCCCCUGCUUCGACACCCCCGCGGUCAAGUGCACCUACUCAGCGACCGUCAAGGCCCCCGCGGGUGUCCAGGUGCUGAUGAGCGCCACUAAAAGUGCCUACCUGGAGCAGGAGGGCGUCUACCAGUUUCACAUGGAGCACCCGGUCCCGGCCUACUUGGUGGCCCUGGUGGCGGGCGACCUGGUACCCGCCGACAUUGGGCCCAGGAGCCGAGUCUGGGCCGAGCCGUGCCUGCUGUCGACAGCCACCAGCAAGCUGUCCGGGGUGGUGGAGCAGUGGCUGAGCGCAGCCGAGAGACUCUACGGACCCUACAUGUGGGGAAGGUACGACAUCGUCUUCCUGCCUCCCUCGUUCCCCAUCGUGGCCAUGGAGAACCCCUGCCUGACCUUCAUCAUCUCCUCCAUCCUCGAGAGCGACGAGUUCCUCAUCAUCGACGUCAUCCACGAGGUGGCCCACAGCUGGUUCGGCAACGCGGUCACCAACGCCACUUGGGAGGAGAUGUGGCUGAGCGAGGGGUUGGCCACCUACGCCCAGCGCAGAAUCACCACCGAGACCUACGGUGCUGCCUUCACCUGCCUGGAGACGGCGUUCCGCCUCGACGCCCUCCACCGCCAGAUGAAACUCCUCGGGGAGGACAACCCGGUCAGCAAGCUGCAGGUCAAAUUGGAACCAGGGGUGAACCCCAGUAACCUGAUGAACCUGUUCACCUACGAGAAGGGAUACUGCUUCGUGUACUACCUGUCCCAGCUGUGCGGAGACCCCCAGCACUUCGACUCCUUCCUCCGGGCUUACGUGGAGAAGUACAAGUUUACCAGCGUCGUGGCCCAGGAUCUGCUUGACUCCUUCCUGAGCUUCUUCCCGGAACUGAAAGAGCAGAGUGUGGACAGCAAAGCAGGGUUGGAGUUCGAGCGCUGGCUGAACGCCACGGGCCCGCCUCUGGCUGAGCCCGACUUGUCUCAGGGCUUGAGCCUGACCAGCCCGGUGGAGACCCUCUUCCGGCUGUGGACGGCCGAACCCCUGGACCACGCGGCCGCCUCGGCCAGCAGCAUCGACAUCACCAAGUGGAGAACUUUCCAGACCGUGCUCUUCCUGGACAGGCUCCUGGACGGGUCUCCGCUUCCCCAAGAGGUGGUGACGAAGCUGUCCAAGUGCUACUCGUCGCUGCUGGACUCCAUGAACGCUGAGAUUCGGAUCCGCUGGCUGCAGAUCGUCGUCCGGAACGACUAUUAUCCGGAUCUCUACAAAGUCCGCCGCUUCCUGGAGAGCCAGAUGUCCCGCAUGUACACCAUCCCGCUCUAUGAGGAUCUGUGCACCGGCACCCUGAAAUCCUUCGCUUUGGAAGUUUUCUACCAGACCCAAGGCCGGCUACACCCCAACCUGCGCAAAACCAUCCAGCAGAUCCUGUCCCAAGGCCUGGCCCCCAGUCCGGCCGCCACGGACCCGACCGGCCUCUCGGUCGCCCCGGAUGCGCCGGCCCUGCUGCUGGAGGACAAGCCCCCCGAGGCCACCAACGGGGCCAUCGCUCUCAGGGACGUCAACGUGUCCGCCUAGUGAUCCCCGACGGGAGAGGGGCCGCCGGCCACGCGCCGGCCCCCGCGGCCGGGAGUCUCUCUCCCCGUCUCCCCGGCUUUCUCGGAAAGCCCAAGCACCCAGCAGAUGCGCCUUCCCGUGUCCGACGGAGGGUGCGCCCAGUGCCUUCUCCGGCUGGGAGCCGGACCGGGGGUGGGCGGGAGGUCUCACCCCGCCCGGCCGGGAGUCGCCCCAUCGCUGCCCGGAGCGCCCCGGGCCAGGAGCUGGAGGUUGGUGGUUGGCGGGGGUCGGGAGUGGGUGGUCCGGCCUUGCCCCCUAAGAGUCCGGCAGGGAGGUCCGGCGGCCAGGAUGGGCCCGUCUACCCCAUCUCGCUGGUCACUCGCCCUGCUGGGGCUUGCCAGUGACGGAGCCUCUCGCCUUCCGAGGGUGGGCUUGCGGAUCUAGGGGCGACCGCCGGUGCACACACUCUCCCCAGCUGCCACUGCCCAACCCCUCCCCGACCCCACAGACCAUCACGCUGUGCCUUAAGUCUGCCUGGGAAGGCCGGAGAAAUGCCCCCUUCCGCCAGUGGCCCCACCGCGGCCCUCUCCUUACGCUCUCUCCCGACGCCCGGGGGCCGCCCUCGCUUCGGGAUCCUCUUCCAAGUGUCCGUCGAGGUGGCCGGCCCCCAGAGGCCUUUGGUGCGGGUGCCGGCAGGAAGGGGCGGCCCCGGGGGAAACCAGCCUGGGCAGACCCCAAAACAACGCCCUUUCCUUUGGGCUGAGCGGCCGCCUUUCCGGCACCCUACGUGCGGCGGGAAAGCCAUGAGACAGGCCCGGGAAGAAAAGGGGUGAAGCACAGAGUCCCUCGAGGGGCCAACAGGCAGCCUGACCGGCCCUAUCCACCCCCCGAGUCCCAACUCCGGGACGGGAAGUCCGGCUGAGGGCCCGGGGGCCGUAACUGGAAACGCUAGCCACUUGUGUGAGUGUGAGUGUGUGUGCACGCGUCUGCACCUUGUGUGGUUAGCCUCGGCCCCCGGGCCAGACUGGGAUAAAGCAAUAGCCAACUCAGGCCCCACCGCCCCCGCCCCCCAUUGUACUGUUGCCAAUUGUGCCAUUUGUCCCAUCCCGGGAGGACCAUCGCCCCAUCCCUUUCUUGGGGGGGUCAACCCGCACUGGGAAGGAGGCGGCUUCCCAGCCCCAUCCCACCUCUUGCUCGGAUGAAACGGAUCUCCGGCCCCCGCCUGACGGCCGAGGGGCCGGAGCCCCACGCUCCGCUGCCGCUGGACCUUGCUCGGCUUGGAAUGGCGGCGGCGGUGGCAGCAACCACUAACUGCCACCUGCGGCGGGAGAGACAGCCUUCCACCUCAGGUCUCCUCGG